AUGUUUUGUUUGCCAACGAGAAAAAUUCAUCGUCACAACAAGAUCAAGGCAAACCACAUAGAUGUACUUGAUAACCGCUUCGAUCACGUUCACUUGGAUAUUAUCUUUCUACCAAACGUCAAAGACUACCAAUACUGCUUAACUAUUAUUGAUCGUUUCACCAGAUGGCCUGUGGCUAUACUUUUGAAGGACAUGACAACGGAUAUCAUCACUACUGCACUUUACGAACAUUGGAUCUGUCAUUACGGUACACCAAUAAAAAUCACAAUCGGCCAAGGAACUCAAUUCAAAAUUGUAGAAAGGAUGCACAGGAUUCUCAAAGCAACACUGAUGUGUUCCCCUAAAUCAUGGAUGGAGAUCUUAUCUACAGUAUUAUUAGGCCUAAGAAAAAGCUUUAAACUUGACAUUCAAGCCACCCCAGCUGACAUCCUAUAUGGUAUCUGUUUAUACCUACCAGACGAAUUCUUCGUCACUGCUGAACAACAAUCUGAACCAUAA